ACGAAAGAAAAUUGAGAUUGACUUAAGCGGCUGUGUUAUUUGUGGCGCGACGGAUGUACGUGAAUUUUUCUGAAAUCUACGGAUGUAGCCCACGUUUAGUACAGGCAAAAUCCAAGAAACAAACAUUGAAACAAUGUCUGUUGUUGACGACAAUGUCACUACUGUUUUGAAGAGAUUAUCUGCUACAGAAGAUGGACCAGAUGUAAAUCAUUCAAAUGAAGAAGGCACCAAGAAAGAUUUCAUGUUUAAAGACUUCACUUUGGAGAGAGCAUGCAGUAGUCAUCCACUGCAGACCCUCCUUGGAGAAAACAUCACAAAACAUGUGCCAUUUAUCUUUGCUUAUAGGAAAGGUGUAGUUGAGCUUUCUGAAAAAGAAGAUGAAAGCUUUCAUAGAGAUAACACUGCAGACAGCAGCUCUGAGCAGCUAGGAGGAUCACCACUGAAACUGCAGGAGUUUUCUUCUGGUGUAACAAUUCCAAACAACUCUAGAAAACCUUCUUCGAGUGCCCCCUUCAUGAAACCUGUAUCCACCAAUGAUGCAAGAUACCUGGUUUCUCAGUACACAUUUCUGUGCAAUCCAUUUAUGACUGCCACCCAUACAGACCUGCUACCUCUGUGGGUUUACUGUGACAGACAGGAACAUGGAGACAUGCUUUUUCUUGGAACACGGCAGCUUUCUGGCAAGAAGAGAGGAAAUGUCUUGCAUAUGGUGACAUCUAGAGGACCAGUCCAAAGCAUUCAAGAUGUCCCCUCACACAUGAGAACUUUGAAGAAACCCCAGCAGAUUGGCAAUGCCACAGUGAAAGUGUCAGCACAUUAUGACAUCUUUGGGUCCAUGAAUAAGGACGAGAGUAGUGCAGGGUCAUCUUUUCAAGGGUCACUAAUGGUCAGUUCCAGUUGGGACAGAGUGACCACCCUCUUGGAGGUUCCUCCUGUAGAGGCAGUCACAGCCCUGGAUAUCCAAGUGGCUGCUGGAGAUGUGGGGAGUGCAGUAUACAGCAUGUUCAGAGAGCUGUCCAUUCUUCAGGGCUUUGCCUCUGGUCUAAAGGAUGGAUGUGUGAGCUGGGCUGUGGAGAGCUGCUCAGGAAAAUCUCUGCUGGAAGAAGUGCAGACACUCACUGAAGAUUUAAAGCAAGGAGAUGCUUUAUGGCAGCCUACAAAGGACACCAAAAAGGAUUCAACUGCAGUUCGUAAGAAUGAAGAUGAAAGUGAUGUCACUUCUCCAGUGAAAAGUCUGGCACUGGCUGACAGGGUGGACCUAGACUUCACAGAGAAACUCUGGAACAUUUUGAUUGAUUGUUCUUCUUAUGAUGAAUUGGUCAAGUGCUUUCAGUAUGUCUUACGCAUUUUAAAAAAUGGAGAACUUCAGCCCAUGGUGCAUGCCAGUAACCACACACAGCUAGCAGAACUGGUCCGGGCCUCCUACUAUAACAAACUGGUGAUGCCAGACCUGGCCGGACUGCUGCCACUGGAGCUUUUGGUGGAGAUAGGUGUUGAGAAACUAAGAAGAGACUAUAGUCAUGCAUUCAUUGACAAAGAUUUGGUGACAGCUGAUCAGCUGACAUAUUUCCUGGAGAAGAACCUGGACCUCCAUGAGAAGCUUAGUCGACUUGAAAAGCUGCACAAUGUGCUGGAGCUGGUUGUGAUGAUGAAGAUGUUCCUCAACAUACCUCAAAUUACACUCAGCUCAGCUGCAAGACAAGCCAUGAAUCAUUACCAAAUCCACAAUGUUGAUCCAGCCCAUGUCUUCCACAUCCCUGUUGCUACCUCAGCUGUCAGAGGAGUAUUUGAUACCAUUCAGCCUCAUACUUGGCAAGUGGAAAUGAUAAGCAAUGAGCAGGACGCAGAGGUAUCAAGUAUUUAUCACAUAAGCUGUAAACCUCCUGUGGAUGAAAUGUAUUCAGAGCCCGACACAGAGACCUCUUCAGACCAACAUUUAUUAUACUACUUCACACGGAUGGAUUCAAGUGUUCAUAUUUGGGAAUGAUCAACAAGGAAACAGACUAUUUAUUAGGAAGUGCAAAAUGUACAUAAUAAUUAUAAUUAUUGCUACUUUUAAAAGAAGAGGAUAGUACGUUGAAGGGUUAUAAUUUAACUUUAAUUUGUGUUAAAUUUUAUUUGAAAAUUUAAUUGAACGUAAAUGUGUGACAACAUUUUGUAAAAUUCACACAAAUUUUUUUUUCAAAUACAAACAAACAUCUUGAAAAAAUACUGUAGAUAUUUUAUUGCCAAGUGGAUGCUUUUUACUAAAAAUUCUAAAAUGCUCAAAGCAGUAUAUUGACCUAAAACAAAGAUUAUGCUUAGUGAAUCCAGGUAUAUUAUGUAUGUGUCCUUUAUACAGGCAUCCCUUAGUCCUGUGACUGUAUUGCUUUUUUUU